GCAAGCUAACAAGAAAAGAAAAAAAGUAAAACGAAAAAAAAAACGAAGUAGGAUGCCAAAUGUAGGGAACUUUUGAUGACUCAUACAUUUAUUCUGAUGCAUCUGAUUACUACUUAGAGCAACAUGGUCAAGGCAGGUAUGGCUCAUGACUUUUACACUAUUAUGCUUCAUACAAUUAGUUUUUUCUAGUCCGAUGAAUUAUAAUUGAUUUAUUAUAAUUAAUUAAUUAUUACGCCGAGGCCUAAUUUACUAAGUAGUAAGUAGCAUUAAGUCUUAAGUAGGGCCUAAUCUGGGCCUAUCCACUAAUGACUAACUAAUGCCACUUUCACUCUUCAAUAUUCAGUAUUGAUCAUUGUCAAUAUAAAAAAAUAUAUAUAUUUUAAAUUUGACUACACUACUGUUAUGUAAGGAAUCAAGGAAGGCCAUCUAAAAUAAUUUGCAAUUUAUAAAUUUAGCCCUCUUUUUUUUUUUCAAGUUUAUUUUACAACUUACACUUACUCUAUUACUAUUAAAUUAAUAGUAGUUAUAAUUAUAAAUAGUUCUAUACUAGUUAUAAAUUAUAAGUAGUUCUAUACUAAUAAUUUAUAAUAUCUUAAAAUAAUUUAUAAUAAUUCCAAAUAAUAUAUAUAUUAUUAUACUAUAUUAUAAAAUAUGAUACUCAUCACUGAUAUGCAAUCAGAAUUAUUACUUAAAGUUAAAGACUUUAAAGUAUUACUUAAAGUUUAAAGUUAAAGACUUUAACUUUAAAGAAAUUGAAAUUUAGAAAAAUUGAAGAGUUAGUAAUUAGACUUAGACCCACAAAAAAAAAUUGACCCAAGAGUUGGUAUGGUAACUACAGACCUGUUUACUCUUACGAUUUUGGCGUACAAUGUACAAUUUUGAGGUGUAUAGAUUGUAUAUACUGUAUGUUUUUUCAAUAUGAAUAUAACGUAUUAAUGACUUGGUGAUAAUAUUGUACGAUUUUAAGAGUUUGAGGGUAAACAGGUCUGUAACUAUGGCUUACACAAGAUGCUUUGAUUUUGAUAAAUCACCACACAUGUGAUUGGCACAUGUGGAAAAAUUACGUAGUUUGUUGUAGUUGUGUUACGCUUUUCAUAUGGGAUUUUCAUUGACCUCCGUUAAGUUCUAUUUUCAUCUUAACGAUUUAUAAAUAUAUUGAUUUUGUUAUCAAUGAUCAAGAGUAGAUUCUUUUUUUAAACAUGCUAAUGUAAAUAAAGAAAUGAGGGUAUUUGUUUUAUGCUUAUGAUAUGGUGAAACAGCGAACAUGAUUUUAAACUUUAAUCUUCAAAUAUUUUUUUGAUAAGAGUUAUUCCUUUAUUUGGACAGACAUGCAUUACAGCUUAUCCAUUUUAAAAACUAACUAGCUGUAUUAAAGUGAAUAGUUCAUUCCCUGGAAAUCAAUAUUGAAGCCCAAAAUGGUUCACCAGACAUCGGAAAUAGAAAGUCUGCCAUUUAUUAAUUAGGCAUUCCGGCAGUGUUGUUCUUGCGCACUUUUAAUAUUAAUGGUAUUAUAUAUAAAAUACUUUUAAUGGCCGAACAAAUCUUCAUAAAAUUUAGCAUUAUUAUGAUUAUGGCAUGAAUAAACUUAAAAUUGUGUACAAGUAGGCAAUAUUAUUUAAAUGUGACAAUUAAAAUUAUUUAAAUUAAAAUUGCUUUCACUUUUGGAAAAGGUUACGAAAAGCGAACAUGAAUUUAAUCUUUAAUCUUCAAAUACUUUUUUUUUAAUAAGAGUUAUGCCUUUAUUUGGACCGACAUGCAUUACAGUUUAUCUUUUUUAAAAACUAACUAGCUGUAUUAAAGUGAAUAAUUCAUUCCCUGGAAAUCAAUAUUCAUGCCCAAAAUGGUUCACCAGACAUCGAAAAUAGAAAAUUAUGUACAAGUAGACAAUAUUAUUUAAGUGUGACAAUUAAAAUUAUUUCAAUUAAAAUUGUUUUCACAACUUUUACAGUUGUGAAAUUUUUUUUGCUUUGAAAUGUUUGUUUUUAAUUACUAAUAUUUUACUUUCGUUCAACAAAUGUUCUAAAAAAAUAGUUAUAAUAAUACAUUUGAAAUAAUUGCAAAACGUAUAAUAGUUUACAUAAGCAUUCGCAAGAGAACAAUUUCAAUCAGUACCAUGGGAAGGGGGUGUCGGCAAAAACAUCCCCAUUAGCCAUAUAAUCAUAUAGAUAGUCUUAUUUUGAAAUUUUGUUAAAUUUUUUAAGGUAGAUUUUCUUCAUUUUGAAUUAAUAAUUGUAUGCAUUAAUUUUUAAAAAGAAUUUACUUUAACUUACAGUUCUAACAUUGAUUUAAUGCAUGCUAUAAUUAUUAUAAUCAAUGAAAAUACACUUAAUUCAAUUUUUUUGGAGUUCAUUUUGUGUCCUCCCAACUUUUCACUUCACUAUUUAUCAUGCAUCCUUCUUAAAAAUAUUAGUUAUUUUAAAAAAAACAACUGUAAGUACACAAAACUAGACUACUUCAAAAUCCAAAGACCCUGCAGUUAUUUUUCAUUUUCACUUGACUUUUUAAAUUAAUUUUUAAAAGUUUACCAUUCUUCAUUUAACAAAUUUUCAAUUUUCCCUCAUCUAAAUUCAUAUUGAAUCGUGAAAAAUUAUGGUCAUAAUAUUAUAAUAAAAACUGUUAUUGUCCUCUGUAAGAUUGAUAAUGUCUCCUGAAAAUUUGGUACAAUUAUCUUUAAAUAUAAAAAAGUUGCUGUCAAAAUACUGCAGAAAUCAGAAAAAUGGGUCACAUGUUUUGGGGUAAAAUAUAUAGUUAAUAUAAAGGGCUUAAAAAAUUUAAACCCAAAAUAUCAUAACCCCACUUCUGUAGAAGCUAGAAAGAUGAAAUGGAUAUUUUUGGAAAGGUUAAAGCUAGUCCUUUAAUGUGGCAUAUCUUUUAUGGCAAUCAGACAUUAUUCAAAAUUUCUGUCAAAGUACACUAUGUUUUAAAAAGUUUUGUUAGACUCAUUGGUUUAAUGCUGCACAUAAUUAUUUAUAAUUAUAGUUGUAGGAGUCCAAUGCCAACAAUAGUUUCUUGACUCAUCACGUUUUUUUUUUUUUCAUGAACCAAGAAAUAGACUCAAAGUCUAAGAAAUUUAACCACUGUCAAUUCAAAAAUGCAUAACUACUGGUCACUGACAUACUGCUUUCAUUUUCUAAAUACAGACUUUACCCUAAUAGAUACCUUUGUGAUGCCUCAGGUCACUUUGAAUAGACCAAUAGGCAAUAGGAUUUAAGUCUAAUUUUGACCCACUUAUUAUUUAUAAUUGUACUCUCCAUAUAAAUAGAUUCAAUAAAACAUUUUGAAUGUAAAUAAAAAUAGUUAAUAAAUUUACUCCUUUAAAUCGAGAAGGUAACUUUUUCUUCUGUCUAUCAGACAAUCUGACUGGUUCUUAAAUGAAGAACAUAGCAGAAAUAACAUUUUAUAUGUAGUUGGAUUCACAAUUGAAUGAUCUAUUAUCUGAUACCAAUUAUCAAUCACAGUUAUUUAUAGUUUUGGAUGACAGGCUUUUAUAAAGCUUUUUAUAAAAAAACAAAUGUCAACAUACCACAAAUAGGUAGCAGAAAAAUAUUUGUAUUGAUACCUAAUUUAAAAUCUUUAUUAUUUCUAUCAAUGGUAUCCAUUUUUACAACACAUAAAAUUUUCAAGUAAUUUUUCAAUAUUUUGUUAAAUUACCUAUUGUUACAGCCUGUUUGUUGACCUAGUUUUUAUUCAUCACAAGCCGUGGUAUUCAAUAAUUCCCCCCUCCCCCAUCUUUUGUUUUGAUAUUGACAUCAUCCAUUAAAUGUGUACCGCCAAUACUUUUUGUUCACCCUCUAUAGAAUGUAAAAAGGUUGUUUACAUUCGAAUAUGGUCUAAUUUGUACCUACUUUCUCCCUAUAAAUAAGCUGGUUAAAGCAAGCAGCUUUCCUAGCUGGGAGAGAAAUUUUUCCAUUUUUCCUAGACAUUUACAAGAUGUAAUAUACUUAUUAGAUUUUACUCUUUAUGUGUGUUUGCAUAUAAUAGGUCUAUUUGCAUCUUUUGCAUAUAAUAGGUCUAUUUGCUUACUUUUUCACUUGCUAUGCUGUACGUUAAUUAAAUUUCCAAAUAAAAACAUAUAACUGUACAUAAAACUAUUUUUAAAAUGCUUUAAUAAAUUUAAAAAUAGUGAGAUUUUAUAAUUUUUAUCAUAAAAAAAACAACAAAAUAUAGAAAAGUCUAUUGUUUCAUGAGACAUGCAAGAAAUACCAUUAUUGUCAGCAAUCAAAAUAAGAGGAGAUUAUUAAUUUUAACAUAUUUAAAAAAAACAACACAUUGGGUAAAAAUAAACAAUUAUAUAUUAUGUAUAUGACAAUUUAUGUCUUUAUAGAUAGCUCAUAUUUAUUAGAAAUUGCAGCACAAUCAGUCCUAGAUUUUCUAUUUAAUAACUCAAAUAAAAAUGUCUGGAAACAUUGCAGUUUUAACAGCAUGCUGAGUUAAAUCAUCAUAUUGCUGCCGGAGAAAAAUGAGCAUUAUCAACAAAGUUUGUAACGGCCUCAUUAAUUCUUCUGAGGAAGUAAAAUGACUAAGGCUAUAAGAUCUUUUUAAUUAUUCAAGACAUGGAUUUGUUUUUUUUCUUCUUCAGAUAAAGAGAAAUAUGACAAUUAACCUAGCACAGAAUUUUCAUUCAAAUGAAAGAUAAAGCCUCUCUGGCACAUGUUUUUUUCUUCUGCUAACCACAUUGUUGUCCACAUUAUUUGUAUUUAUUCCAAAGCUGAUAUCUUUUAACAACUAAUUUUAUCACAAUCCAAUCAACUAGACACAGUGGUACAUUCAGAUUAACCUAUGUAAGCAACAUAACCAUUAAUUAUACUGUUUUAUUAGAAAUUGAAGCCGCAAUAACGGACAAUUCAUUCAGUUAUGUUGGUCCAUACUGGUAAUAUUUUGCAUUUAAGAAAUAAGUAUGUCCUAUCCUGUCUUGCUUCUCUUUAUUAGUUAAAAUUUUUGGUCCAGGGAUCAUAUUUGCUUACAAGUCCUUGUCAUGGGGUCGAAAAGAAAUAAACGGUACCUGCUUAUCAGUAGUCUCUUUAAUUUUUUGUUUAUAAACUUAAUUUUUUUUGGUUUGUAUAUUGGCCUAAAUUAAAACAUUUUAUGAAAUCCAUAAUUGAGUUGAUAUGGUUUUACAAAUUUAAUCUGUUUUAAGAUUUGGCUCAUUAUGUGAACAAUAUGUAACAAAGGACUGAAAACCUAUCAACACAGAAAAAUGAUAACAAAGCUAGUGAUAUUAACACUAAUAAAUUUAAUUAUACUAUUAAAAUGAAAUACAAAUACAAAAUCAAAUAUACAGAAAUAAAAACUGUUUUAUCUUACAGCACAGCAAGUGAAAAAGCAUAAUGCUAGAAAGGCAUAGAUAAAAUUUAUUAUCAAAUGAAAGAAAAUUGAAUGGACUAUAUGUUUGCAAACUUACUUCUUCAGUUUACCUAAAAUAAACUACCACAAAUGACAUGCGAAUAGCAUUGAGUCUUAAGGAACCCGGGUCCGAAUAGCGGCGAUGCGUAUCUGGUUCCAUUUUGACUAAAUGCUAUUCAGAUGUCGUUUUGGUAGUUUAUUCUAGUUAAACUGAAGAAGUAAGUUUACAAAAAUAUAGUCCAUUCAAUUAUUUUUCAUUUGAUACCUAAUUUUGUCUUACAAACCCUACAAUAAUUUUAAAAUAUUUUUUAAUAAACCCAAACUCUCACUUCUCGGACCCGGGUCCGAAUAGCCGCAGCCAACUGUUAAUUGUCAUUAGGUCUGACUACCUCAACUUGACUCAAUAGUUUAACUAUCACACCUGGAAUAUCUCAACUUAACUCUUUGCUCAACACGGUUGGCUAACUGGUGUCCCCAAAGCUUCAAACUUACAUCUAGCCUUCAUCAUGCCAAAAAAUCUUGAAUUACUAAUCACUACCACUACAUCUUCCCAGCUAUAUCCUCUUUCCACAGUCUCUUAGUGACCACCUGAUGUACUCUUAAUCAGCCUGGUUCCCAGGCCAUGUCUUCCUUGUAUUAUCAUAAAAACAUCAGUUUCAACUCCUCCCUUGUUAUUGUACCUUUUCUAGUACCAACAGCUAUCAUUUUUCUUUACAGCCCUGGCAUAUGUGAUAGUGUCAUAAAAAUGUUAUAACAGGGCUUUGUAUACAUAUGUUGUAUCAGUUUUAUCAAACCUAUUUUAUUCAUUGUGAAAAAGAGGGCUUUUUAUUUAUUUAUAUUUAUAUAUCUUCUGAAAAUGUGUAAUUUAUUUAUGCUUUGCUUCAUUGAUUAUUACUUUGCAACUCCAAAAGUGUGCCAUCAUCAAUCUGACCGCUGUUAAUUUGUGUAUUUAUAUUUUCCAGGCUUGUGAGCAUUAAACAAUUUCAUGAUUGUGAGCUUCACACUUUUUUGCAGUUGCAGCUGAUGGCAUGCAGGUCUAAGUGAUGUGAGCUAAUCUGAGGCAUGAACAGGUGACUGGAGUUGGGGUCAUUAUUAAUUACUGGAACUUUAUUGAAUGGUCCAGAACGAACGCAAUGGAACGCACAACAUUAGACUGUGAGGAGCACCAGACAGAGCUUCUGGAGGAGCUCAAGUCUAUGUUUGAGGAAGGUCUGUUGGUGGAUGUGACAAUGUGCAUACAGAAUCACCGUAUACCAUGUCACAGAGCCGUCCUGGCUGCAGCUAGUCCCUACUUCAGGGCCAUGUUUACAUCAGACCUUCAUGAAUCUAGGCAGCAAGAGGUAAGUUGUAUUUAUUAUGUUGUCUGAACUACCCAGGUCAUCCCUGCAUGAUAAUACAUUAUUUUAAAUUUUAACAUUUUGAAAAUAAUUUAGGGUUCUUAAUUUUCCAAUAAAAUUCUUUUUAAGCCGGUUGGUUUGUUGAAAAAAUCUUAUAUUUGCUUUGAGAUAUUAUUUCUGUAAACCUACAUAAUUCAGCAGAACUUACUUAUCACUUUUAUUAUCAAAUUUAAUAUAAUUAUUAUUUUACACAAAUAAAGAAAACUCUACUUGUAUUUGUUUGAAAAUUUCCUGGAUUAUAAAAUUAUUUACUUAAUGGCAAUUACUUUUGAGUAAUAGUCUGUGGGAAAUCUAAUAUUCAGUGAUUAAGUGCCAGUACGCUUUCUUUCUAACCAGGUCUGGCUGAGAGAGACAGAUCCAGAUGCCAUACGCUUGUUGAUUGGCUAUGCCUACUCAGGGAAACUGGAAAUCACAUCAGCAAAUGCCCAGAGUCUUCUUAGCACAGCCUCCUUGCUGCAGAUGUCAGCUGUGCAGAAAGCCUGUGCCAAGUUCAUGGAGUCCCAGCUGGAUGAGUCCAACUGUGUGGGCAUCCAGUGCUUUGCCUCUGUGCACAACUGUGAGGAACUGUGCACAAAAGCCAAAGAGUUCAUAGAAAAAAACUUCACCUCAGUGUGCCGGACAGAAGAGUUCCUGGAGCUCCCUCUGGACAAAAUUGUUGACAUUGUGUCUUCAGAUGAGCUGAACGUUGAGAAAGAAGAGACGGUGUACGAGGCCGUAGUCACGUGGGUGAGCCACGACAUGAAAAAUCGCAGGCAGCAUCUGGGUGAGCUCAUGCUGCACCUCAGGUUUCCUCUGGUGGGCGUCAAGUUCCUAACCGAUGUGGUGUACCAGAACCCAGUGCUGCUGGAGAGCGAGAAAGGGCGGGUGCUCAUCCGCAACAUUCGCAUGUUCUUGGAGAACCCAGAGAAAGUGUACAGUGCAAGCAACACCAAAGAUCCAUUCCCACUGCGCUCUGGCAUGAUCCAGCCGGAACACUGUAUCCUGCUGGUUGGGGGUAUUGACCAGAAUAAGCCGUCAGCCAUUAACUGCUACAACCCUUUGACGCGGGAGGCGUUUUUCAUGGCAACGUUCCCUGAAUGUGAAGAGCGUGCCAGGUAUUACUGUGUUGAGGACCCAGCUGUCAUUGUCACAGAAGAUAACUCUAUAUAUGCAGCCGGGGGAAACUACAUCUAUCAUGCAAACUAUGGUGAGUCCCCCUCAGAGGAGGAUUCUGUAUCCUUUGAUGAUUUUGAAGAUGAAGAGUCUGUGCGGAAGGAUGUUUACUUCUAUGACAAUGAUCACAACAAAUGGGUGGCCAGAGCACCCAUGCUAUUUCCAAAAUCAAAUUUCACCCUAGCCUCAGUGGAUAAUAAAAUUUAUAGCUUUGGCGGCCUGACGUUGAACCAGCACCCAACAGAGAUCGUGGAGACAUACGACAUUGAGAAGAAUCAGUGGAACUAUGUCGGGAUGAUGCCAACAACCCUUGUGGACUUGAGUUCUGUUGUGUUGCGCGGAGAGAUCUACUUGCUGGGGGGCAGGACGGGGGUGGGUGCUCACAAUAUUGUCAUGAAGUUUGACCCGCGAAAGAAUGAGUGGAACUCUCUUGCAGGGAUGCCGACGCCGCGGUUCAAUUUUGGUGCUUGUGUGAUAGACAAUGAAAUUCUUGUGGCCGGGGGCCAGAUCUAUUCCCAUUCCACCAAUGUGAUCCGUCGAGAUGCCUUGCGCUCCUGUGAAAUUUACAAUGUUGAAGCCAACCAGUGGAGGCAGGGUCCUGAACUGACAGAAGAGAUGUACAAUGUUGGUCUGAUGCAUGUCAAUGGCUGUGUCUAUGCCAUGGGCACGUCAGAGUACCAACGUUCACCUUUCAGGAUUUACAGGUACAAUGUUGUCUGUCGACUUGAUUUGUCUCGAAAGUGCUGGGAGCAGGUUGAGUCUGAUCUAUGUGAUAUACGCAGCUAUGCCUCUGUGGCCGCCAAGCUCUACACAAGAAAGCUGUCCCAAGUGUUCAGACCAGAGGUGGAUACCUAAUGGGAUUGGAUAAGUUAUCCAGCUGUCAGGCCAGGUGAAAGAAAUGACUUCUCACAUUGACAGGUUGAAGGAAUGGUGAUCAGAUUUCAAUAAUAUGAUCAGAUUUCAAUAAUAUGAUCAGAUUUUAAAGUAAUUUUUUUAAAAUCCUAAACUGUUUUUAUC